AUCCAAGUCUCAGCCAAGCAUCUCCAGCUCGCCUCGCCCAUGCUCAACCGACAGCUGACCGGCAACUUCGACGAGGCCCAGCACUUGCAGCAAACCGGAAAGGUGGAAAUCACGGUGGAGAGCUGGGAUCUGGAGGCGUUGUUGAUUCUCUUGCGCAUCAUCCAUGGGCAGAACCGGCAGGUGCCGCAAAUCAUCUCCGUGUCACUGUGUGCUCGUAUCGCCGUCUUGGUCGACUAUUACGCUUGCCAGGAGGCGGUCGAGAUUCAUCUUCGCGCCUGGAAGUCGCAUCUCGAGACGCAAGUCCCAACCAGCUACAACGCGACUGCGACCAUCGAGUGGAUCUGGGUGUCUUCCUUCUUCGAGAUGGCGGAGGUGUUUGACCGCGUCACCCUCCUUGCAAUCCGCCACGGGGACGACCACAUGGAGUCGACUGAAUUCCCCAUCAAACCGAAGAUCAUGGACGCGAUCAAUAGUCACCGCGAGAGUUCCAUCUCGAGCGUCUUCAACCUGAUUUCUCGCUGGAGAAGCGGGCUGCGCCAGGGCGUGUUCGGCUGCAACUACGAAUGUCGCUGUGUCGACCUGGGAGCCCUCGAACAAAGCCUCUUCCUCGCCAACCUGCACGAACCUCCCAAUCCGCCCUUUGCUGGAUGGAGUUUCGAGUCCCUUGUCACUCACGUCCAGGCCUUCCCGAAGCCGAAGUCGCACUGCAAUCUCCUCACCUAUAUCAAUCACGAUAAAUGC